AUGUGAAGUGGACGGACUUCACGCAGGGAGUGCUGGUACCGGAGAGCCCCCCGGAGCCCGACUGCAAGAGCCGCGGGCAGGAGCGAUGCAGGUGCAAAAAGACAAAGCCUACGCUGUCGACCUACCUGGCCAAGAACUACAGCUACAUCAUUCACGCUAAAGUAAAAAGCGUAGAAAGAGGGAACUGCAAUGAAGUAACGACCGUGGUUGAAGUCAAAGAUAUACUUAAGUCUUCGAUGCCAAUUCCUCUGUCUCAAGUGCCUCUUCUUACAAAUUCCUCCUGCCAGUGUCCACCUCUUCAGCCCAAGCAGGAUGUUCUCAUCAUGUGCUAUGAAUGGCGCUCAAGGUUGAUGCUUCUUGAUGGAUGUCUAGUUGAAAAAUGGAAGGAUCAAUUAAACAAAAGAUUUAAGAGGUGGGAACAAAGACUGCAAGAACAAAAUCUACGAACAGCCCGCAGUAAGAACCAGAAUGCAGGACGCAGUGGUCGGAGUGGAGCCCCAAAACCAUCAACCAAAAACACCAACCCAGUGGUCAGUGGCCCCAAAAAAGCCAUUAAAAUAAGAAAUGGCCAGAAAGAAAUCAAUCCUAAAAAAGUAUGA